AUGGCGGAUCAGAGCCAGAGUCCUUCUUCCGCAAAACGUGUUUCCAGAGUAUCCAGGGCUUGCUUUGCUUGCCGUGGCCGAAAGAGUCGAUGUGAUCUCGAGGCUUCAGGCGGCGCGCCGCCUUGUGGGAGAUGCAAGAAAGAGGGUAAAGAAUGCGUCCUAGGCACUUCCAAUCGUGGCGGGAGUCGCAUCAGAAAGAAGAACGUCUCCUCCACUUCCACCACCACCCUCACAAGUACCUCUCCUUCGCUUCAAUCACAUCCUGCACCUCUAUCAACCAUUCAGGAGCCCAGUUCCCGUCCACACCCUCCUCCACCGCCCUUCCUGCAACCGUCUCCGUCCCACGAAUCCCUCCGCACCCCGAUCGAAAGCGCACCCAUCAACGCGCCCGGGGGACAAGCCAACCUUACCGAAGACGAUGACUCGGCCUCGACUGCUGACAGUACGAUUGGGAACACCAUCCCCAGAAACCCCUCAGAUGCUUGGCAGUUGUUGAAAGACGUCGCCAACAGAGAAGCCAGUCACCUGAAUGUGGGAUCCUCUGUCCAUGGUCAACCCGAGAUGUCAGAUCAUAUCAUGCGCAAUGGCUCCAGAUCAGAACCCAGGGGAUCAAUCAACGGUAUACAUUCCGGCGUCCUUACCUAUCGUUUGGUGCGUGAAGGCUAUCUGAACUCGGACAUCAUCCAUGAGUUGGUUAGACGUUAUGCUCAACACUAUCACCCGUAUCUCCCUCUGGUACCGCGAAAAUACUUUGAUCCCGCACAACUUGACACCUUCGCUGUCAACGACAAGCAUCUUUUGACCGCUGUUCUCACCAUCGCCUCCAAGGACCUGGUCGAGCAACCCAAUAUUCACAUCUGCUGCUCCCGAUAUAUGCAUGAUCUAAUCUCGGGAAUUGCUGCUGGCCACGACUGUGAGGUGGAAGCGGUUGAAGCUCUUCUUCUGCUGGCAGAAUGGGAACCCCAAGGUCUACGGAAUCGGAUUGAAGCUGUAGGCCGAGGUGAGGAAGAUCGUUCGGCCUGGAUGCAUGUAGGCAUGGCACUACGAACCGGCUAUUUUCUCGCUCUUGACCGGACCGCAUUUCGACAGGAAAGUGCAGAAGAGGCACGGAUCGAUGGUCGAAAGCGACUGGCCUGGGCCAAUUGCUACGUAUCUGAUCGACUCAUCUCGGUUCGAAUUGGCCGAGCUUUCUGGUCUAGAGGCCCGGGGCCAAUGACGGGUUUAUCAUCACAAGACUUCCCAUCUCUACAGCCUCUCAGCCCUGGCGACGAGGACUAUGCCAAGAUUAUGCAAGCGACCUUGGAUUUGACCCAGCUGUAUUCUAAUGUUCAUGACAUUCUGUAUUCAGGGAUGAGGACCAGCGGGCAGAUGAUGCUCAUGGGAGACUACGUCAAGUACGUGGAUGACUUUAGGAAUGCCAUUGCACGGUGGAAUACCACCUGGGGCAAACUUGAAUGCUCGCCUCAUAUCAAAGUCACACUUCAGAUGUCGUAUGAGUAUCUAUGUCUCUACACCAAUGCUUUCGUCUUUCAAGCAGCUAUUUCCCAGGCAAUCGCGAACAAACCCAAGACUGAUCCGCAGUCCCUGAGAGAUCACCUACGAAGUGUUUUCAGCAACAUCGGUGCAAUGCCAGAUGCUCGCUUUAUCUGGGCCAGUGUAGCAGCAGCCAAAGCCUAUCUGACUUUACUGAGCACACAGAUUGACCCAAGCAAGCAUCUAAGGUAUUUACCACUGCGGUAUUAUCUGUACAGCAUCUACUCGGCCGUCUUUCUCUACAAGGCACGCUCGUUUGGGGUCAUGACGGGUUCAGAAGAACAAACCGUGCGAUCAUUAGUGUUUGCAGCAAUGGAAGUGUUGAAACGAGCAUCGGUCUCACCACAGGAUCCAGGUUCGCGCUACGCUCGACUUCUCGAACUUCUAUGGUUGAAGCCAGCCAAACCGUCCACCCAGAUGUUUCACCCAGUCCAAUCGCCUGCAGCCUCCGACACUCAACUAUCGUCGAGUGGAAGUGUGCGGGUUGAUGCUCAUGGUUAUAUGCAGUAUAGUCCAGCCAAUGACUUUUCCUGGCUUGAUCUAGAAGCCGUGGGAGAUUUUGUAUCUGGAGACCAGGUGGUUCAAAGCAAUGGGAUGCAAUUGCUGGCACCCAUGGGAGGAUAUCAAACGACGCCUAAUUACAUGGCUGGUGGAGCAGGUCAAGGCAUGCAAUGGCAGCAAAAUCCCGGCAAUAAUGGGAUGAAUUGGCCAAUGGACUGGAAUGGAAAUUUGUUCUUCUGA